UGGCGGUUGCUGGUCAGUAACAGCCAAGAUGCUGUUGAAUCUGCUGGCUCUUCGUCAGAUUGGGCUGAGGACCAUAAGCACUGCUUCCCACAGGCAUUUUAAAAAUAAAGUUCCAGAGAAACAAAAACUGUUCCAGGAGGAUGAUGGAAUUCCACUGUAUCUAAAGGGUGGGGUAGCUGAUGCCCUCCUGAAUAGAGCCACCAUGAUUCUUACAGUUGGUGGAAGAGCAUAUGCCAUAUAUCAGCUGGCUGUGGCUUCAUUUCCCAAGAAGCAGGAGUGACUUCAAUCAUCCCAGCAAUCACCUGAUUCACAUUCAUUCAGCUCUCUAUGGACCAGUAAUCUGAUAAAUAACCGAGCUCUUCUUUGGGGAUCAAUAUUUAUUGACUUGUAGUAACUGCCGCCAAUAAAGCAGUCUUUACCAUGAGAAAAAA